CCGAAAAAACUCGCGCUGCCGGGUUCCGGAGGGGAGCCCGGCGUGGGUCACUAAGGAUAUCACCCAACAGCUGCACGGCGUCUCCCAGUUAGGAACGCGAACGUUGCGCCUCGAUGAAUUUUGACCCUUUGGAGCUGCCGUCCCAGUCCGCGUACCGGGGUGUCUUGUGAGGGAGGAGCGCCUAAGGUCAGGGGGGAACUACGCGUCUCGCUGAGGGUUCGCGAACCUCGGGCGGAAUGGAAGAGACUUUGGAGCAGCACUUGGAGGACACAAUGAAGAAUCCAUCCAUUGUUGGAGUCCUGUGCACAGAUUCACAAGGACUUAAUCUGGGCUGCCGUGGGACUUUGUCAGAUGAGCAUGCUGGAGUAAUAUCUGUUCUAGCCCAGCAAGCAGCUAAGCUAACCUCUGACCCCACUGAUAUUCCUGUGGUAUGUCUAGAAUCAGAUAAUGGGAACAUUAUGAUCCAGAAACAUGAUGGCAUCACAGUGGCAGUGCACAAAAUGGCCUCUUGACGCCUCGUAUCAAUUCUCCAACCUUUCAUAGGGACUCAAUCCUACUAUGUUAAUUAUCUUUUAGAACUAUUAAAACUCCAGUAGUUAGGCCAUUCAUUUAAUGUGCAUUGGGCAUUUUUCUAUUUAUUUUAGAGUAAGCUGCUUUUUGACACCGUAUGGAUUGACCUGUCAAAAUUUCGGAUAAGGAUCAUGUUUGAAGAAGCAGGUCCAGGUCACUUUGUAUAUAGAACUUUAUGUUCAAUAAAUCAGGUUGGAGGAAA